AUGAACGUGAACGACCUGGAGGUGGUACUGGGGAUCCUCCAAUCAGCAGGGUUCAACGUGGCGCGAGCUGAUAGGCCGGAGGAGGCGCGGGUGAUUCUGGUGAACACGUGUGCGAUCAGGGAGAAUGCAGAGGCGAAGGUGGGGCAUCGGCUGAACUAUUUCAAGCAUGUGAAGCGGAAGUGGAGGGAUAAGUUCGCUCAGUCUGCUGCUGCUGCUGCUGCUGCCGCUGCUGCUGCUGCUGCUGCUAGUGCUAGUGCUGCUGCUGCUGCUGCUGCUAGUGCUAGUGCUGCUGCUGCUGGUUCUGCUGCUGCUGAUGCUGCUGGUGCUGCAUCUGUUACAGGGUUACCAGCGGGGUGGUUACCACCUCCGCCCAAGGUGGCGGUGCUGGGGUGCAUGGCAGAGCGGCUCAAGGAGCAGCUGGUGGCGGCGGAUAAGAUGGUGGACGUGGUGUGUGGGCCCGAUGCUUACAGGGAUCUACCGCGGCUCCUAGAUGAGGUGGAGGCGGGUCAGCCGGGAGUCAACACGCUCCUCUCCCUUGACGAAACCUAUGCUGACGUGUCACCCGUUCGGCUCGCCUCUAAUUCCGUCAGCGCGUUUGUGACUAUAAUGAGGGGCUGCGACAACAUGUGCUCCUACUGCAUCGUGCCUUUCACGAGGGGCAGGGAGCGCUCCCGGCCAAUCAGGAGCAUCCUUGGGGAGAUCGAGGAGCUCGCCGGGCAGGGCGUGAAGGAAAUUUAUCUUCUCGGGCAGAAUGUUAACAGUUACCGGGACACGUCAGCAUGUGAUACGUUUGUCACCACCACUGUUUCUUCCCCUUCCUCCUCCUCCUCCUCCUCCUCCUCCUCCUCCUCCUCCUCCUCCUCCUCCUCCUCCUCCUCCUCCUCCUCCUCCUCCUCCUCCUCCUCCCCCCAACCGCACUUGACCCCUGGCUUUUCCACAAUCUACAAACCCAAGCUGGGUGGGAUCCGAUUCGCCACUCUCCUAGACGAAGCUUCCCGGAACUUUCCCGACAUCCGCUUCCGGUUCACCUCCCCUCACCCCAAGGACUUUCCCAAGGAGCUUCUUUCGCUCAUGGCUGCCCGGGGCAACGUUUGCAAAAGUUUGCAUCUGCCCGCACAGAGCGGCAGCAGCAGUGUGCUGGGGAGGAUGCGCAGGGGGUAUUCGAGGGAGGCGUAUCUGGACCUGGUGGAUCGCGUCAGGAGCGUUGUGCCUGGCGCCGCCAUUAGCAGUGACUUUAUUACUGGCUUCUGCGGCGAGACAGAGGAGGAGCACCAGGAAACCCUCUCUCUCAUGCGUGCAGUGGGAUACGACAUGGCCUACAUGUUUGCCUACUCGCUGCGCCCGCGCACACACGCCCACCGGCGGCUAGAGGACAAUGUACCGGAGGAGGUGAAGCAGCGGCGGCUGAGUGAACUCGUGGCCACGUUCCGGGAGGCAACAGCUGCCCGAUACACAGCUCAGGUGGGAACCAAGCAGGUGGUGCUGGUGGAGGGUCCCAACAAGCGCUCUCCACUCACAGAGCUGAUUGGGAAGACUGACCUGGGCCACCGAGUGACCUUCAACAACUCCCUCCACCAGCAUUUGACAGCGGCGGACAGGAAACACAAGGGUUCUUCGCUGGACUUGGAAAGUGGGGGGGGUGGGGGUGGGGCUAGUAGGGGUUCAGCUGGAGGGGGGGUUGCGAGCACUGUCGUUGGAGGUGAUUCGUCUUUUGAGUCGACUCAACAUUCAGCAUGUGCAAUUCUCACGUUCGUCACGUGCAUUUUCCCUCCUUCGAUGCGAUUCGAUCCGACCUCCUCCAGCCACAUCAUCAUGCGGACCCACGAGACCCGCACGGAGGGCGUGCUCGACUGCACAGGCGCGCUCACCGUCCUCGCUACAAAGCUCACCGCUGUCGCGUAUAACUACCAGGACGGGCUCACGCUGCUCAAGGAGAAGGACCAAGGCGCGAAAGCCAAGGACGAGACGGAGAAGAAGGAAUUAACCGAGGAGCAGAGGCGGCGCGAGGAGCGGAUGGAGCGUUCGCGAUUGGAGCGGCGAAAGGCGGCGCUGGUUACCAUGCCGUCGCCGCUGGAGCUGUUGGGGUACCUCUUCUGCUUCGGGCUGCACAUGACGGGCCCGUUCUUCGAGUUCAAAGCGUACGACGACUGGACCCGCCGACAAGGGAUCUGGUCCCCAAGUCUCAAGCAGCCGUCCGUCCUCCCCGCGUUCUUCCGCGCGUUCGGUUCAGGGCAUCCUUGCAGCGAUAGCCUCACUCUUCUGUCUGUUCCCAUCCACCCCCUUCCCAUCCACCCCCUUCCCAUUCACCCCCCUCCCCUGCAGAUCUGGUCCCCGGGUCUCAAGCAGCCGUCCGUCCUCCCGGCGUUCUUCCGCGCGUUCGUGCAGGGCAUCCUCGCGGCGCUCGUCUUCCUGCUCGUGUCGCCCUCGCUGGACCUCACGCGCAUCAGCGACCUGCGCAAGAACCGCGCGUACCCCUUCCACCUGCGCUGGCUGUUCGCGCACCAGGCCAGCAUCGUGUGGCGCUUCCGCGCCUACAUCCUCUGGAGCAUCACCGAGGCCGCCAUGGUCGUCGGCGGGCUGGGCUUCAGUGGCUGGGAGACGCCGAAAAAGGGGGGGGAGGCUGGGAAGGGCGGGGCUGGGAAGGGGGAAGCGGAGGGGGCGAACGGGGGUGGGAAGGGUGGUGAUGGGGGGAAGAGGGAGGGUGAUGAGACAUGUGCGGCGCCUGGAGGGGAGGGGGAGGGGGAGGGGGAGGGGGAGGGGAAGGCGCUGUGGAAUAGAGCGCGGAACGCGGAUAUUCUGGGGUUCGAGUUCCCCAAGAGCUGCCUCGACUUCGCCACCACGUGGAACAUCUCCUACGGCCUCUGGCUCCGGCUGUGUGAGUUCCCUGCUCUCUGGCUCCGGCUGUGUGAGUUCCCUGCUCUCUGGCUCCGGCUGUGUGAGUUCCCUGCUCUCUGGCUCCGGCUGUGUGAGUUCCCUGCUCUCUGGCUCCGGCUGUGUGAGUUCCCUGCUCUCUGGCUCCGGCUGUGUGAGUUCCCUGCUCUCUGGCUCCGGCUGUGUGAGUUCCCUGCUCUCCCCCUCAUCCCUGCUCUCUAUCAGCCCGUGGCAACCCCCUCAUCCCUGCUCUCUGGCUCAGGCUCUGAAGGCCACCUUUUUCCACAUGCUCGCCACCAUGUUCGUCAGCGCCGUCUCCCAUGUGAGUUUCACAUGCUCCCUUGCCUCCCUCCCAUGUGGGUUCCUCCUUACCCCCCUCCCGCCCAUUUGCGUUCCCCCUCCUUACCCCCUCCUCCCAUGUGCGUUCCUCCUUACCCCCUCCCCCCAUGUGCGUUCCUCCUUACCCCCUCCCCCCAUGUGCGUUCCUCCUUACCCCCUCCCCCCAUGUGCUUUCCUCCUUACCUCCUCCCCCCAUGUGCGUUCCUCCUUACCCCCUCCUCCCAUGUGCGUCCUUCCUUACUCCCUCCCAUCUGCGUUCUUCCUAUUGCAUCCCAUGCUUCGCUCGCCCAUGUGCGUCGCCCCUAG